AUGUGUUCUGACUCAGUCUUAAGUAGCGAGAGUUUGAAAAUACUUCUGUCUGGUGUCAGCAGGAAGGAGGAAAAAGAAGUAGAAACAGAGAAAAUAAUUCAUCAGGAGAAAACUGAACCCAGCCUGAUCUGUCCCCCACCACGCAGCAGAAACUAUCUUCCUCCAGAGGAUAUACAGAGCUGCCUUGAGUCUCAUGUUAAGGAGAUUUUUGGACCCUCGCUUCCUGGUAAUUGGCAACAGACACCCCUCAAAGAGAACAGGUUAAAGUAUCGCCUCCUGGCUCAGCUGGCAGCAGAGCUUGGUCAUGCUGUCCCUAAUUCACAGCUCCACCAGAUGUGCAGUGCUGAGGAUGUCUUGAAUUUCUAUCGCACUCCUGUGAAGGACGUGUCCAAGUUUGAUGAACUGUGCGCUGCAGAGCUACCCCCAAACCUGAAGAUUAUCUGGGAGCAAUGA